ACAACUUCACGUCAUUCCAUGAUGGCUGAAGAUCCCGGCGGAACAUUUUUCAAUUUCUCUCUCAUUUUUCUUUCUUUCUCUCUACCUCAGCUUGCCAUAGAGACAUGGCAGGACUCACAGCCCCGUUAAGCGUUCGCAGAUCAUUGGUGUCGACAUGCCCAAGAAAGGGAACCGAAAACGGCUGAAAUUUAGAGCCGGGGACGUUUGUUCGGAAUCAGUGACCGUCGCUGAUUAUGCUGAUGCCGACCCAGCCGUUGUGAAGUCGGGGAGGGUGAAAAAGGCUGUUGCAAAUGCAGUUGCAAAAGAAGUAAAAUUACUCUGCGGCCUGGAAGCAUCUCAGGGUGCUGUGGAAGAAGUCCUCUCGUCUGCAGUGAGUGUCAAAACAGACGCUUUGGACAGCAGUGAUGACCUGGACCCCGAAGAAGAUGGGGAAAAUGAAACCAAAGUGACCCGCAAGAAGAAAAACAAGAGGAGAAAGGAGAGCAGUGAGAGCAGUGAUGGGGAGGAGUAUCCAGUGGAUAUUUGGUUAGUGCUCUCUUCUUAUAUUCGGCCUGAGGAUGUGUGCAGAUUCGCUCUAAUCUGUAGGAAUGCCUGGACAGUCACCUGCACUGCAGCUUUUUGGACCAGGCUGUAUAGAAGACACUACAGGAUUGAUGUUGAUCUGCCGUUUCGUCUCCAGCCUGACUCUAUUGACAUGAUGCGCUGUCUACGGGCCCGUGUCAUUCGCUCCCUUUUCCAUUUGUAUGAGCCCUUCAGCUUGCGUGUCUCAAAAAUUCCUGCCCUGCCAGAAUCCACGCCCACAACUUUGCUCAACUCUAAGUGUUUACUGUUCUGGGUCAAAAGAGUGUCAGGGACUCGACCAGAGGCAUUGUGGGAGUUCAACUUCAAGUUUAUAAAGCAGCAGGGACACAGUAAAAAUGGUUGUGCCAACUCCCUGCAUUUUCCCAGACAAUACAAAGAUGUCCACACAAACCCAGACUCUGACUGCUAUGUGCUACAGGUCACCACACUCAACUUCAUCUUCACCCCUGUGGUCAUGGGCAUGACACUGACCCUGUUCACUAUCAACGUCAGCACAGACAUGCGCCACCACCGUGUUCGUCUGGUGUUCCAGGACUCGCCUCUCCACCGGGGGAAGAAGAGGGGGGAUCAGGGUGGGACCCAGGUGGUGUUAGAUCCUGUACAUAGUGUGAGGCUCAUGGACUGGUGGCAUCCGCAGUAUCCCUGUGUCAACUCCACGUAGGAGUCCUGCCCUCUCGGGUUCCUGUUGCAGCAGACCGUCGCUCACAAGAACCCUACUGUUGAUUUCAUCCCUUCAAACAAACAGAAAAAUUAUAUUGGAUGAUUCUGCAAAACCCUGGAUCAUGUUCACGUUUUUGCACACUCACGUCGCAUAUAAAUUGUUUACUGCAGAAUCCUCCAAUAUGAACAUUAUUCCUUGGCAGACUGUGCUAUUUACAUAUCUGCCAAUGUCCACAUAAUGACACUGGCAGUCCCUCUUGUCUUUCAACACUCUUCAGCUUCAGCAGUCCCCAAGUCUUUCUGAUAACAUGGAGAAGUAGGGCUGGGUAACAUGGAAAAGAAAUAAAUAUAAUAACCAGAAGACAUGAUCUAAAAUCAAUACUUGUUUUGAUGUUGUCUAAUAGAUUUUUCUGAUUUUGGAAAGCAGAUUAUUGCCAAGUCAAACUGAAGCUGUGAGUUUCAGAUGAGAAUUUCAAGAAUUGUACAUAUUCUCAAGAAAUCUAAUUUAAAAUUGUGUUCACAAUGUAGAAAAUACUGAGUACGAUUACAGUUAUAAUUGAUAGAUAUGUUACCCACCCUUACACACAUGGCAGAGAGGAAUGUGUAUUUGGCAUUACUGGUUACAUAAAAUAUUUUAAGUCCAUCAUUCUCCUACACAGACUACAUAGUUGCAUGUUGAAUCUACAUGUAUUUUAGAACUCAAGGAUUAACAGGGUGGAACAUUUGUAUUGCCCUCCCAUAGUCUGGUUUAUGCUCAGUCGAAGGUUACUUUAAAAUAUUUAGAUUUUUACAUUGGUUUGAAUUUUGACAAAGUCACACCACAUAGUUGUGUUACUCUUUUAAAACCAUAUUAUUUUGAUGUGUUUAAUUCAAGGCAGCCUCUCUUAGUAUUAUGUGAAUAUUAAUGACACUGCUCUACACUCAAGGGGCCAAAGUGAUGAUUUACCUCAGAUGUCGCCCACUCAUCUGCUGAUUUGGGCAGUAUUUCUUUUUAGUGUUUCAUGGCUAAAAACAUCUUGAUUGUCUCUUUGCUGAUUAUGUGAGCCAUGAGCCCUACUGCCAUCCUUGGAAUCUCAGUCUCAAAUUUGAAUGACUUAAGGUGUUUAAAGUGGUCUGUCUUGUGUGUAUUGAAUGUGAGUGGAAUCAUACUAUACACAUGCUUGAUUGAGUGCUAUGGAGGGAAAUCAGACAGUAAAAAUAAUUUAACUUGGAUUAAUUUGCACAUAUGCAUAUAUUGUGAAGAGAAAAAAAUCAUUAGAUUAGCCACCUACAGUUUACACUUCUAGUAUAGCUGAUGGCAGAUCUCCAUAGUAGAAGACAGCUGGAUGUUUUGGUUAGCAGCAGUUGAUUGUUUAAAUGGGUGGUCAAAUUUUAUCAAAUGAGAGUUCCACUGAUAGACAAACUUACACUGCACUGAAAUAAAAACUGAAACUGCCCAUGAUAAA